AGGUAGGCGCACCAGCAGCGGUCACAUCACCACUAACACGCACAGAGCCGCGCACAGAGGAGGCAGUGUGCUCAGAGCUGCGGAGACUCCCAGGUGCCAAACACGCACAAACACACACUCAGACACACACUUUCCUCCGCUCGGCCUAGAAAGACGAACUGAGCGACACGGAGCAGAGAACAGUCGGGACAUUUGGAAAUAUCGAAACAGGGAAGUUGGACUCGAGCGCGUCAGUUUCAGUGGUGGAAAAGUGAGUCGGUCAUCAGCAGCAUGUUCAGCUGGGUCAAACAGGAGCAAGGUGGACGCAACAAGGAAGGAGAGAUGUACCAGACGGUGACGGAGGGACUGCAGACCCUCUACCUCAAGAAGCUGCUGCCGCUGGAGGAGACCUACCUCUUCCAUGACUUCCACUCUCCGGCCCUGGAGGCCGCCGACUUCCAGAGCAAGCCCAUGGUGCUGCUGGUCGGCCAGUACUCCACCGGGAAAACCACCUUCAUCAGGUACCUGUUGGAGCAGGAUUUUCCAGGGAUGCGGAUCGGUCCGGAGCCGACCACUGACGGCUUCAUCGCGGUGAUGUAUGGCGAGAACGAGGGUGUUGUUCCUGGCAACGCUCUGGUGGUUGACCCCAAGAAACCCUUCAGGAAGCUCAACGCAUUUGGAAACUCCUUCCUCAACAGGUUCAUCUGCUCUCAGAUGAACAAUCAGGUUCUUCAGAGCAUCAGCAUCAUCGACACGCCUGGUAUCCUGUCAGGAGAGAAACAGCGAAUCAGCAGAGGUUAUGACUUUGCGGAGGUCCUGCGUUGGUUCGGGGAGCGGGUGGAUCGGAUCAUUCUGCUGUUCGACGCUCACAAACUGGACAUUUCAGACGAGUUCUCCGAAGCCAUCAAAGCCUUCAAAGGACAAGACGACAAGAUCCGAGUCGUCCUCAACAAGGCCGACCAGGUGGACACGCAGCAGCUGAUGAGAGUGUACGGCGCCCUCAUGUGGUCACUGGGAAAAGUGAUCAACACUCCAGAGGUGGUGAGAGUUUAUCUGGGAUCCUUCUGGGCCAAACCCCUGCAGAACACCGAGAACAGGCGUCUGUUUGAGGCGGAGUCUCAGGACCUCUUCAGGGACAUCCAGAGUCUCCCGAGAAACGCAGCACUCCGUAAACUCAACGACCUCAUCAAGAGAGCGAGGCUGGCCAAGGUGCACGCUUACAUCAUCAGCUACCUGAAGAAGGAGAUGCCAUCUCUGUUCGGGCGGGAGAAGAAGAAGGAGGAGCUGAUCAUGAGGCUGCCGGAGAUCUACACCAUCCUGCAGAGAGAGCAUCACAUCAGCCCCGGGGACUUCCCCAACGUCGCCAAGAUGCAGGACAUGUUGCAGCACUACGACUUCAGUAAGUUCCCGUCUCUGAAGAUGAAGCUGAUCGAGUCAGUGGAUAAGAUGUUGGCCACAAAGAUCGCCGUUCUGAUGUCGAUGAUCCGGGAGGAAGAGUCCAAGCAGCCACCGGCAAUGGUGUCGGGUGGUGCCUUCGAGGGUUCCCAGGACGGGCCCUUCGGUCAGGGCUACGGUGAGGGCAUCAGCGCCGGGGCUGACGCCGAGGACUGGAUCGUCAGCCGCGAGAAGCACCGCUACGACGAGAUCUUCUACAUGCUGAUGCCCGUCAAUGGCAAGAUCACUGGUGUCAAUGCCAAGAAAGAGAUGAUGAACUCGCGGCUGCCCAACACCGUGCUGGGGAAGAUCUGGAAGCUUGCCGACUGCGACCGGGAUGGCAUGCUGGACGACGAGGAGUUCGCCCUCGCCCAGCACCUCAUCAAGAUCAAGCUGGAGGGCUACGAGCUGCCCAACGAGCUGCCCGACCACCUGGUGCCCCCGGCUCACCGCAAAAACCCCAUCGCAGAUACCCUGUACAACCACAGCGAGGACUAGAGCGCCAACAUGGGCGCUGGGCUAACAAGAGACUGACUGAGCUGAGAGGAAGUCCAAAUGUACAAAGUCACCAACGCUUCUGCUGCUGAUGUUCAGCAAACUGACAGAAAGUCACAGUUUAGGAUUUCCACAAUCGAGGAGCUCGACGAUCUUCAACCAUCGACUCAACCGCUGAUCUCACCUUUAAAUAAACCGCCCAGCAACAAACAAACUGAGGAAGUCAAAUAUUAUACGCUUUUAUUUUGGUAAGAUUUUAUAUACUGUACAAUUCAGCUGAUUUAAAUUCACCAAACAAGAAAAAAAUAGCUUUGUAUUUUACUAACCCUGCUUUAAACUGGAUGCUUUUAUUUUGAAAGAGGAUUGUUUUAAAGAUAUUUCCUUAUAUUUAACUUCCUGUCUUAAUUUUCCUUCAUUCUCCACUUCAGUUUGUCUAAAUGACACAAUAUGUGAGCGGCCGAUAAGAAUCAUGUCCUUGAAUUUACUGAUUCAUAAGAACAUUUCUGACCUUCAGAAUAAAAGUGGUAGAGGGUUCGGUUGUGGGUUUUUUGUUGUUUUUUUGUUGUUGUUUUAAAAUCAUUGAAAACAGACAGUAUAGUUUAAUUUUUUCCAGCCUGACAUUUCAGCGCUACUCUAAAUUAGCCUUUUUAUUUCUACAGCAUUAUGUUUCCCUGCUUUUAUUCUGAAGGCCAGAUGCGCCAGAUUCCAGAAGCUUUACUCUAAACAUGAGAACUCGCAGGCUUCGUAGAUCCUCGUCUUCAUCACUGUGAAAUAUUUGCCUUCACACUCCCUCCCUCUCUGCGGAGAUGAAUCAGCUGAUUAAACAUUAAUGAGGCUGAUUAGCAGUCGUUGCCGAGGACAACAGAUGGAUCAGAUUUCAGUCUUUAUAUUCAGGUUCAACUCAAUAACAGAGAUUCAGGAGCUGAGAGCUUCUUCACUUCCUUCCUCCAACUUUUUACAUCCAGUCAGUUUUAGUUUGCAGGCAGAUGUUUGUUGGCACAUGGAGACAAAUAAUAAUAUGAAUCCAUCAUCACUAAAGUACCAGCUGUUUCCAAAAUGACUCCAAACUACAUUACCCAUCAGGCUGCUGAAGCUGUUCACAGUUGUGCUCUAACAACAUUUAAAAUGAGAACCAGCUUCAUGGCACUGAAACCCAGAGUUAACCCCGACGUUACCUCCCUAACUCCAAAUCCUGAUUUAUAGUCCAGGCCUUAGAUCUGUUUAUGUUAGAGAGGAGGAGGAGGAGGAUGAUUCAGCUCCUGGUGAAAACCUCAUGACCAAUUAACACUCAAAGAAUAUUAAUCAGAAAUUUCAUCUGGUUGCAAACUGUAAUCCUCCCCACCAAAUCCCCCUAAAUCUGACACACUGUCCCUGUAGCAAAUGCAAGGAAAUUAUUUCCAACAUUGUUUUAUUAUACACUCUUUCAUCUAACUCAAAAAAUCCCUCAUUAAAAAUUGAUGUCUUUUGCAAUGUGUUUUUCGUACAAGUUGACAUGAAAAUGAUGAUGGAAAAAAAACAACAAUAAAUUGCCUUAAAUUAAUCUCUGAAUAAAUCACUUCAGUCCCUGACAGUCUACGCAGACACAUAUAGAGUUUGUAGUUUAAAGAAAAUGUUGAAUAUUUAAAUAUUUUAUUUACAUUUUCAAUAUUAAAAUCGCAAAGAAAAAACAACAACAUUUUGUCACUAAAAAUAUUGUCGUGUUUUAACCAGCAAAUAUUAAAUGAUUUUAAGAAAUGGGUAAAACAGUUACUCAAUUAUCAGAAUUUAUUCAUUAUGUCUGAUGCAGGUGGACUGAAAUCCUUCAGAAUAAAAGGUGUGUCUGUGAUGUCACAGGUGUUGAGGUCACAUGAUCACAAAAAUCUAAAAAUCAUCAAGUCGGAGAAACAAAAAAAAUCCUGACUCGUCUUUAUGUCCACGUUUCAGAGCAGUAAACAGUCACUGAGGAGUUCAGAUGCAUGACGAAGGGUCCAGGAGGUCGUCAGAGGUCAAAGUUCACAGUCUGUCCUGUUUAAACAGCUCACUGUCAGGACGAGAUGACGCUCGCUCAGCCGCCGUUAACUCGUCCCGUGGGACAGACGAUGUCCUGAAAUGCAUCUCUGUGUUUCCUCACAUUGUAAACGGCAGCAGAGACGAGGAGAGACACUGACCUUUGACCUCUGACCUCAGGAGGCUUUCUUCCUGGUGGAGACCAUGGAAACGAUUUAAGCCUUUUUAUUUAUGGAUUUCAAAAACAAAAAACUAACUAACAUGUUAAAGAGAGCAUUCUUCUUUCCAACAUGGCCCCAAGAUGUUAAAAACCAAGACAGUUAAAUACACUAUGUGGACACUUGAAUACAGCAAAACCAUGUGCAUUAAACAGCUGCUGGUUUCAGUCUCUCCUCCACCAGGUGUUGAACCUGCUGCAGGUAUUUGUUCCCAUUCAAACCAGUCCAAACUGGGAGAGUCAUUUGUUUAUGCAGCUGGCUUUGUGCACGUGAACAAAUCAACUGUAUAAUAAAGUAUGUGACCAGGGGUGUCCAAAUACUUUUGGCCAUGCAGUCUGCAUAUAAAAGGCAUGUUCGACCCAAACACAGUCUCUCCAACAGAAUGAGAAUCUGUGUGGCGGUACCCGAAAUUCAGAGGUUUUUGGGAGUCUGUGAACGCAGCACAGGCGGAACUUUUCAUGAGGUUUCCAAAGCACUUCUUCCCUUCACAUCCUGCUGUUGUCAGAACCUAAAGUGGCCUUUGUUUUUUCCUAAUUUGAUCGAUCAUAACGGCCAUAAACUGCUCAAAUCAUAGGUAUCUGGGCUGUGUUGGUAGUCUUUGCCUCCAGUUGCCUGCCCUCCAUCUGGAUAGCACACUGAUGUGUGACAUCAUGUGCAAAGAAACUAGUAGCACUGUAUGUUAUCCAAAUAUGUUUGUCCAGUUAUGUGUUGUCAUGCACCGAUGUUUUUGCACGAAUAAGUAAAGUUAUUUCGAGUGUUUCGAGUGCCUGAAGUAACACCAUGAAAAUCUUGUAUGUAGAAAGCUAGUUAGCCGAACAUGCUAAUGUUAGCAUCUUACAUCAGAGCAGAUAAAUACUGUUUAAUUAAUUCCGCACACUUUUCCUCUUGUGUUUUAGGAAAGUUUAAAAGUGACGACUACAAAUUAGCAUGCUUUUGAACCCUUAAUUAGUCCAAAGACCGUCAUGCCUAGUAACGGCUGCUAAGCUGUUCAAGGCGGGAAUUUCACACUGUUAUUCCGCCUUGCUGCUCGGUAUAAAAUGUACAAGUGCUGAAUGUGGCAACAGAGUUGUCUCGCCUUUAAGCUGACAUCGGAGGUGGUAACACUGCUGAAACAAUGUCUGUAUAAACAGGAUAGUCAGCAGAACGGGAUCAUGGGUGGCGCAGGUGUGACAUUUUGAUAGAGUUAUGUACGCGAACCAUUGCGGGAAACUUAAAAAGUAGCUGAUAGCAGUUAGCAGCUAAAUCAAAGAAGUAGAACAGCAGCCGCAAAUGUCCACAAAUUGGGAAAACACUGAGGUCCAGGAGCGCCUUACCCCCAGAGCAGAGGAUGAGAUCAGCUGCCUUAUAACAGGGAUGAUAAAUUAUUGUUAUUGCCAUGUUACGCUAUUGUUAUUGUGUCCAAAGCACUGCCGACAUCUAUGUUAUAAAUCACCCCCGUCACGCCUCUUUUGCUUCCACGAUGCUAGCAUGUUGUCUAAAAUUGCACACUGGAGCGGAAUGAUGCCGCUGUUGUUUGGUUCUGCGUAAAAAUGCAAAGGCAGCAUAAAGAAAGGACUUUGUAGCGGCACUUUAGCGCCAUCUCUGUGUAACUAGAGCUACUGUAAGAGGGGUUUUUACCUGCCAACCGAGAGACGAAACAUUGUCAGUUUGGGGUCAAAAAAGGAUGAAACGAGUCGAUGAAAGCAACAAAAGUAGCCGUGAAUCAUCUGUCUCUGAAUGUGCCUUUAAUCACAACACAGAGUUUGUUCUGCCAUCGACCACAGAUCCAGAUAUUAGCUGCAAGAUGAAGACAUUAUGAACCCCUCAACAUGUAUUUAGACUGAAUGUGAAGCUUGUAUCUGCAUUAUUUGCAUACAUUUGAUCACUGGAGUGUUUUUUGAGUCCACCCAGCUCACAACGUACGCACCAACUGCGAGUUUUUUUCCUCCACUUUCUUAACGUACUUACAAUGAACUCGAGUCAUUGACACUCUUUCAACGUGCCGGUUGGACCAGAUUCUUGUCUUUGUGUUGACUUUAUACAGCCUGCCUCUAAAAUUAGCUUCGUGUUCAGUCUAGACUAACUUUUAGCACUAAAAACAAACUGUACACAUGCUAAUAAACUUGCUUCCAAAGUAACUCCAAUUUCAAAGCUGUAUUUGCACGCUGCCCCGUCAGUGCCUGUUCAUUUCAAAGCCUUUCAGAAUAACGAGAGGUUUCUAGCGUGAGUUUAGUGGAAACUUUUCCACAGCAGCACCUCUUCAUUUCAGCUUGAGAAGAAGCUUCUUUGCAAAGCUUUAAUCUGUCAGUGCCUUUUUCAGUUUUGACGCCCUCUCUUCUCAUGACGGGACAGCUGCGUCCUCGAGGAUUCAGCAGCCGGGCGGCUUCUGUUCAGUGCCUUCAACUUGCAAAGAAACACAAGCAGAGAGUAAAGUUUCUAGUUUUGAAUCUUGCAGCUCCACGUCUUUUUGCAUUUCAUCUGUCCAUGUGAGAACAUCUGUAAAGCAUCUCUGUCCCUGAUUAAAUGUCUGUAACAUGCAACAUUUUAGUGCAUUAAAAUGUAAAAUCUGCUUUCUGGUGGUUUCAGGAGCCUCCACAGAGUGGGAAGAUUCAGUUUCUAAUGUGUCCUGUGUGUAAAGAUGCGACUCUCAGUCAGAAUGUACGUUCAAUGAAAAGCUCUAAAUCUAAAUCUUCAUUUAUCUGAAAUGUAAAAGUUUUUAUUUUUGUGAUUUCAAUAUAUUUUGUAUUCUUGAUGUGUGAACAUGUUACUGAUCAGAGGUCUGUUACUGUGCUCUGAUGAUGUCCAACUGAUGAUGUCAUCCUGUCAGCAGAGGUGGAGACAAAUAAAGUUUAUUCUACACAUGUACCCAA